GAAAACUUUCACAUCCUGUAAGCCACCAUUUCCACAUCUCUACCCACAUGGCAACACAUCUCUAGCUAGCUAUUGGGAUACAGCUAGCUGCAACUCUUGAUUGCUGAUCUCUACUGCUACAAGACCACUUCAGCAGCAAAUCAACACACUGACUGGAAGUGGAAACAUGUUGAGAGCAUACAGUAGUCAAGUAUCUCGUCUCCUCCGAGUGAUGAGUGGGUGUGGUCUCACAGCUUCGCCACCCUCUAUUACUAGCCCGGGGGCUAUACUCGGGAACAAGAGGUCAUAUUCGAAUACUAGCACUUCCCCAAAAACAGGUAUAAUGAUGCUCAAUCUCGGUGGACCGGAAACUUUGGAUGAUGUUCACGAUUUUCUGCUCCGGCUUUUCUUGGAUAAAGAUCUCAUUCCACUUCCUGCUCAAAGCCAGCUGGCACCGUUCAUAGCCAAGCGACGAACACCCAAGAUUCAAGACCAGUACGCUAAAAUCGGAGGAGGCUCCCCAAUAAAGAAAUGGACAGAGUUACAAGGAGCAAAGAUGGUAGAGCUGCUGGACAAGAUGAGUCCGUCCACUGCCCCCCACAAGUUCUACGUUGGGUUCCGAUACGCCAACCCCCUCACUGAGGACUCGCUGGACCAAAUGGAGAGGGAUGGUAUUCAACGAGCUGUAGCGUUCACACAGUACCCUCAAUACUCGUGCUCUACCACCGGGAGCAGUCUCAACGCCAUCUAUCGUCACCUGACCAAGACGAGUAGUCAUAGCAACAUACAGUGGUCUGUCAUUGACAGGUGGCCCAUUCAACAAGGGCUUGUGCAAGCGUUUGCUCAGACUAUACGAGAGGAAAUAAGACGGUUCCCGGAGGAGGAUCGUGAUGAUGUCGUUGUCCUGUUCUCAGCUCACUCUCUACCAAUGAAGGUAGUGGAGCGUGGUGACCCGUAUCCACAGGAGGUGGGGGCUACGGUCCACCGUGUAAUGGAGGAGCUCGGGUACUCCCAUCCCUGGCGGCUGGUGUGGCAGUCUAAGGUUGGCCCCCUGCCGUGGUUGAGUCCCCAGACUGAUGAUGUCAUCAAGGGGCUGGCUAAGCAAGGUAGGAACAACCUCCUCCUCGUGCCCAUAGCGUUCACCUCCGACCACAUCGAGACACUGUACGAGAUGGACCUCGAGUACGCAAAGGAGCUGGGGUCAGAGGUUGGUGUCAAGAACAUACGUAGGUCAGCUGCACUCAACGACAACCCAACUUUCCUUAAAACGCUGGCUGACGUGGUGUAUGACCAUCUCCAGAGCAACCAGCCGUGCAGUCGUCAGCUGCCACUACGAUGUCCGCUAUGCGUAAACCCAGUCUGUGGCAAAAUGAGGGACUUCUUCACUAGCCAAAAACUAUAGGAUCGUAUAUAACAAUAGCUUUUAAUUAUCAUUCAAAUUCAAUUUUGUAAAAAAUGUCUUCACUAUAAAAUUAAUUAUUGACAAAUUUCA